UUUUCCGCUCUUAUUGAUUUUCGGGAAAAUUGUUUUAUUGCUGAAAACAAAUACUAAUACAGUCAUGAUGGACGCGAAGUUUAUUGAUGAGAAUGAUGAGUUUCUUAUACGUCAAGAGAAGAUCAGAGCCUGCCGGGUGUGCUUGGCAAUGGCUGACGAAGCAAAAUUGCAUCAUAUAUAUUCGCAUCCGUUUGACUUGAUAAAAACCUUCAACGAAAUCUCCGGGACACCGGUGUCCACGUUGGAUGGCCUGCCGCACUUCCUGUGCAGCGUCUGCAUCCGUAUGACGUACAAGUUCAAGGCGUUCCAGACAAAAUGCUCCGACACCUUCUACAUGUUGCUAAGGGCAUCGCAGAAGAACAAUUUAAACUCAGCAUACUUAAAAAGUUUAGACAAAAAUUUGUACAGACAUCCAACAAAGAUAUCCAAUACAAAACAUUUCGAGGUGGCCCCGACUCAAACAUGCGAUAUUAAAGACACUGAUGACGUCAUGAAUGACGUAAGCGACGAAAAAAAUUACCACUACGAAGAAGUAGUCAAAUCUGAUGACACUUUACUUGUUUACGAAGAAGUAAUUAGCGAUAAAGCUGAUACUAUUGAUGUUAAAAACGAUUUCGAUGUCAAAAUAAAUCAUGAUGACAAUGCUGGAGUCACAGAAACUACGAACAGUGAACAGUUUAAUGUUUCGAACCCGUUUAAAGUUGAUGAUGGCAGCAAAAUCAUCACUGAUGACCUCAAAAUUGCAGAUACGAUGAUUAAAAACAAUAAUAAUGAUGAUGACAGUGCGUACGCUCAGCCUAUCGAUUACACUAUUAGCAAAAACACCGUCACAACAGCAGAUUUUGAAAAUAACAUCAACAAAAUGAAUACAAGUGACGAUUUUGCCAAAACACUCAAAGAUGAUAAUACUUUUGAUCACACUUAUGAAGUUAUAAGUGAGAAAUAUGAGAAAAUUGAUGAUGAUAAAGAUAGGAGUAUAUUAUGAGAUGAGAAGAAGCUCCCUGGAAGCGGAGAAAAGAAAAAAAAAGAUAAAGUAAAGAAAGAUAAGGAAAGGGAAGCAAGGAAAGAGCAAACGGAUAAAGAUGAAAGUAAAGAGUUAAAAACGAAAAUUGGAGAUUUCAAAUUUAUAAAGUUUAGCAAGAUUUCCACCGAGAAAUACUUGCAGGACUUUUGCAAUAAAAACUCUUUCAAUUACGUUUUUUUGACGAAGGAACAACAGAUAGAGGAAGUGCAGGCAAGGCAGCAGUCUUGGAACUAUUUAUUCUCCGCGUUCAGAUGCGAGCUGUGCUACCGAGGGUUCAUGAUCCAAACCACGUUGGAGAACCAUCAGCGAAUGUACCAUUCGAUGCAAGAUCCGUUCGUGUGCGACAUCUGCGGGUUCCGUUUCAAGGAUAAAGCCAAGUUGUCCGAACACCAGUACAAAAGGCACUCCACCACAUUCACUUGUAGGAUGUGCGAAGCUAAAUUCAAACACAGCGAGGAGGCCAGCCAACAUUACAAGUGGCAUCGCGGUAUCACGUUCCCAUGCGAAUACUGCGACAAACAGUUCUACAGGAAAACGAGUCAACUGACUCACAUGCGGCUCAACCACGGUACGGUCAAAUGUAUAGUUUGCAAUGAUCGGUUCGUCAGCCAACAGGAACUGCUCGCGCAUGCGCUCAGGGAACAUAGGGAUUCAUUCUGCUUGCUAUGCAACACCCAGUUCUGCAGCGCUGGUGCCUUGAACACACACGUGUCCACCGCACAGUGCGCUUCAUUGAGCUUGACUUGUGUUCAGUGCGGAGCGCUGUGCACCACAAAAGCGUUGCUACGCAAGCACAUAGAAGAGAAACACGAACAAAUAUUUACUUGUGAAUAUUGCAAAAAAUCUUACACAAAGAAAACCAAACUGAUCAGCCACAUUUGGAAGAAGCACGAGAGACCGCCGAAAAACCGUUUCAAACCCAGAGUGACCCCAAAACCCGUUGAGACCAGUUCAAACCCGGUUGUAACCGGUUCAAAACCGGUUGAAACCGGUUCAAAACCCGUGGAGACCAGUUCAAAAGCCUUAGAAGAGACGGCGGUUAAGAAAUCGAAACCUGGUGACACAAAUGAUACUAACAGUAAUGAACACUGUGCUAAAAAUGAGACAAAAAUUGAUGCCAAAAAUGCCUACACGUGUGACUUGUGCGGGAAGGGUUGUAAGACGGCGCACCGCCUGGUGUCCCACAUCGCCACUCACACCUCGGCAUACUCGUGUCCGGUAUGCCACAAGCGGUUCAGUUCCGCUGUCGCGAGGACCUACCACAUCAGAAUACACACAAGGGACAAGCCGCAUGAGUGUGCUCAGUGCGGCAAAUCAUUCAGGAUGCCGCAUUCACUGCGGGCACACAUGGAAACUCACAUAUAUACGUGCUCUGUCUGCCAGAGACCUUUCCCAAAUGCCAUCGAUCGACGUGUACAUAUGAAAAUUCACACACAACAAAAAGCGGUCAUGGUAGUCAUCCGCAGCGGUGAGUCUUCGCCCCGAACUUCCCCGGAGCCCUAGGUACUCCCCGCCACAACAUAAGCAACAAUUUUUUUUUUAUACGUU